AUGCGGUUCCCUAUCUCAUACGCCCGCUCUCGCACGUUCUCUCCGGCGACGUUGCCCGCCAGCGUUCGGUCCUUCUACGCCGUCAGCAUGUCGUACGCGAACACUCUACUCGCCACGCAUUUUCUGUCGACGGGCCCUGGUUCGAACUUCGCCAUCGUCGCUUUCGACGUGGAGUACAAAGGCCGAAAGCACAGCGACAGCGAGAUGCGCCUGCUUCCUGUUCCUCUCCCCCUCAGCCACCGCCGGAGUCAUUUCCUGCGUCUACUCACGAUCGCUCGCGAUGGGGUGGUGAUCGCGUUUGAUCUGGUCGCGCUGGGCGCCAUACCGGGUAGGCUGAUCGAAAUUUUCGCGGAUCCAACUAUCAUCAAGGUCGGGAUCGAGUUGAAGAGUGAUUGCAUACUCAUCCUUCGUCACUUCGCGGUCGCCGUCUACAAUGGAUGGGAGCUGAGCCAGCUGUGGAAAUCGAUGCACCCCUCCAUCGAAGCUGGUCCUCUUACGAGCCACAUAUCGCUAGACGACAUGGCCCGUAUCACCGUCGGCGUCAGGAUCAUGAAGGAGAUGCAGAGGAGCGAUUGGGGGACGUCCGUCCUAACCGAGGAGCAAAUUGACUACGCUCUGAUCGACGCGUAUAUGCUCAUUCCCAUGAUUCAUGUCGUCCUCCACGAAUACACUCUCGGUGUAUGGCCCGAUUUCGACGCCAGCGCCUUCUCCUUCAACGCCGAUCUCGUCACCAAUGGCGCCGUUACGUUCGCUGGCCCGCAGACGGUCGGCAGUCAUAUCAGGGUCUGGGGUGUUGGUCACCCUGUUCCAAGUGCGUCCACUGACGACUGGACACCCCGGCAUCCUGUGCUGGACGCGUACAGGGCGGCGAUCUACAAUGAUUGUCGCUCCAUGGCCGCACGUCGGUUCUACGCGAGGGAGGGAAUGAUCUUACUGGAAUCUAGUCGGAAGAUGGCGAUCUUUACUUCGUACCGCGUGUCCAGGUGGAUCUAUAUGCACGCGCAUGUUUCGCCGCUCGCCUUGUCGUACUUACUGUUACCUUUGCUCGCCCUUGUUGUGUAUACAUACGCUUAG